UUUUCCUUGUGUAUGCCCAAGUGUCCUUAGUUUGCCAUGUGGCGCCCGUCAGAGAGCGCUACGGGAUGGCUUGUCAUAGUGCUGACAGCCAUUGGUAUGGCACUCUCGAACCUGUUGAUGGUCUUUGCAGUGGAGUACUUGGUCCGCUUCAAGUUCCACACUGUGCAAGUGGCUAUGGACAAGUUUGGAGUGGCUGCCGGUAUUUUGGUUCUCAUGGCCCUGAUGUUUGUCUUUGCCCUGGUUCUCACUUCCCUUGUCCAUGGACUGGCGCCCGAAGCAGGUGGUUCUGGAUCAGCUGAGAAUAAGGCCUGGCUGAAUGGCUUCGACACUUCCAAGCUUUUCAGCCCCACAAUCCUUGCAGUGCGCUUCGUGGCAGUGAUUUUCUCCAACACCACGGGGUUCCCUUGUGGUCGCGAAGGGCCCACAGUCGCUCUAGGCGGUGGCAUGGCCUUCAUACUUUGCCGAUGUAUCAGUGCCAAACACAAGGAGGCCAGAGAGUAUUUGGACAUGCGUGCUGGAGCACCUGGUGCAGUGCGUAUGGGUUGUAUUGUAGGAGGAGCUUGUGGCAUGGCAAUGAUCUUUAAUGCCCCACUGGGGGGCAUCCUCUACAUGUUCGAAGAAGUCAGCUCUUCGUCUUGGCCCAUGGAGCUCACCUUCAAGUCUUUUGUGGGCUGUACGAUUUGUACCACCCUGUCCUAUUCGUUGCUGGCCGUGGUGCAUCGCGGGAUCCGGGAGUUCGUGAUCUUUGAAAUGUGGUACGGCCCUGCUGUUCAGGAUUACCGGGCAUGUGACAUCCUGCCUUUCAUCAUAUUGUCGGUGCUCUUGGGUUUCCUUGCCCCUCUUCACACGAUGCUGUGCUUGAAGGUGCAGGAGAUGAGAAAACAUUUGCAGAGCGAAACUGUGCUGCGCAGAUUCCAGCCUUGGGCAAAGAUGAUAGACACGGUGCUUUUCGCAAUCCUUUGCGCGGCGGCUGUGGGGCUUGCGAGUUUGUCAGGAGAAUGUCAUGAGAUCCCGGAGCAGAAGCUGCAGCAAGAUCUCAGCUAUGUCCAAUUCCAAUGUGAAGAGGGCUUCUUCAAUCCAGUAGCCUCCCUGUUGCUUACUACGCCCGACGGAGCGGUGAAGAUGCUCUUCAAUCGGGAUAAUUUUGAGUUUUUGGGUUUGGCCUCCGCGGUUUCGUUCUUGACAUACUUCACUUUGAACGUCCUCUUCACUGGAGUCCCUGUGCCUACGGGUAACUUUACGGGGGCGAUGCUGAUUGGUGGCAUGGCUGGGCGGCUGAUCGGCUGUGUGCUGGGUCAUUUGCUGCCACAGAUGGACUUCGCACCUCAAGGAAUUUAUUCCAUGAUUGGUGCCGCGGCCAUGCUGUCGGGCUUCAAGCAGAUGACCAUAGCUCCUGUGAUGUUCAUUGUCACUGCUGCCAAUAAUGUGGACAUUGCUGCCCCAUUGAUGAUGGCUGUCAGCAUCAGCCUCUUCAUCAGUCACAUGGUCGCUUGUCAAGACGCGUGGGAUGAGGAGCAGUUGAUCCGCAAGAAACUUCCUUAUUUGCCUCCGGAAUUUUGCAAAGAAUUGCGCCAUUUCUCUGCAUGUGACUUGAUGGAUGAGCUUCCAGCUGCAGCUUGUCAGCUGAAGCCCUUUGCUCUCACGUCUCAGAUUGAUGAAGCACUGAUGUGCUGCUCAGCACCCUGGUUCCCAAUGCUCGAUGGACCACGAUGUGUCUCCCUUUUGCCACGCUCUGGAUUGGAAAAGCAGCGGCGAAAACAUUUGGGAACAGAUUCGAUUCAUGUGGGCGCAGUUGCCCAAAGGACAGGGAUACAGAUCCUUGAGGGCACUUCAGCUGCUUCUUUGUACCCGCUUUUCGCUCAAGCCCAUCUGCAAGCCGCUUGCGUUGUGACUGCUGACGGUACCUUUGCUGGGAUUGUUUCCCGAGCUGGCUUGGCAGCAAAGGCAACUGAAGUUGAACUGGUCGCUGAGAAGGGAGACUGCGCUACAGACGACAGUGACGCUGAUUCUGAGUCAUCCGACAGGGACAUUGCAUAAGGCUGGGCAACUUCACUGGCUUCGAUCGAGAAGAUCCAUGUAUGGCGCGUCGAUGCAUAGAGUUUCCACAACGUCGCUUUGCUGUGAAAGACUCUUUGGAAGCUUUCGUAUCAAUCUUGAAACAUUGAGAUAGCACAUUGGAACAUCAAUCCUGGCCAUCAUGGACAGCCGCGAGUGAUCCGUGAUGUGUUCGCGGAGGAUGAAGUGAGCGAUUGCUUUCAGGUGCCGAAAUCGCAGGCAACUUAAGACCGAAGACUGCGAGUCUGCGGGAAAUGGCUGCCUAGCCACGGAUAUCUGGGCGUCCGUUUUGGGCUGCCCCGUGUUUGAAAGCGCUAUGCGUUUGGUUUGGGUUUACGCACGUUUUGCAAAAGAGGUUGUGGGCAAGGCAAAAAGUGUUGCUAGGACAGCGCAAGAAGAAGUUUGUGAUGAGGAUGAAACGAAUGAUAAUGUGAAUAGAAUAUGCUCGACUGCAAACCACGGGUGACAAGGAUACAAUGUACACAGAUUGUAUAUUCAAUUCAAUCGGAAGAAGACAUGUUUAGUCCGA